UUCCUUUUUAUGUGGGAUCUCUCAAUCUGUGUUUUUAUACUUUCAUAUUGCUAUUUCAAAAGACUUACUAAACUACUUUUUCCAUCAUGCUAAUUGGUUUCCUAUGCAUAUCUGUACGUUACUUGUAACUGCGGGAAUUGUAGUAUUUUUAGUUUCCUAUUUUACUUGCUGGGUCUGUGUUAAGGCAAAACCUGAACUCAUUGUACUACCACCCCCAGAGGGCAUUGCGGUGGGCAUUUGGUCUGUCUUUCCAAGGGGAGUGUCUGUUACAUACAGAAAUAAGGCUCCUGUAAAUACAAAAUAUAAUGAAGACAGUAGUACUGCAGUUAUGGAUGUUAUAGUAAAGCUAGACGAUUAUGGUAGCAUUUGGGGCUGCUUGAUGUUGUGUCCCUGUUCUCCACUUAUGUUUUAAGCUCAUGUCUUUGGCCUGAUAAACUGGAAGCUAGUAGGCCAAAGCUGGAUCCCCGGGUUGCCGUGUUAGACCACCUGCAGUUGGUGCCGCGCCCUCUGUUUCCAAAAGGGAAUGUCCUCCAGGAAAGGUUGAGGAAUACAUUUAUGGUGGGUUACGUUUAAAGCAACCUCACCACCCGUACACCUCAUGCAGCAGCGAGAACAGCAGCAGUUUAACCCCUUUACUAUUUCCCUUCCCUUCAAAUUAAAAAUCUCUGUGGGAAGAACAAUAAGGAACGUAAGUGGUUGCUGUCAUUUAAACCCAAAUCCCGUGGAGCUAUUAAUUCAGCUUUAGUAGACACUGCUUGAAGCAACAGGCUAAGCUGGUACAAGGACGUGUUAUAAACAGACUGCUAAGAGGUAUUUCAGGCUGUGCUGAGCAUCGCCAUGGAGAAGAGUGGUAGCAUCCAGCUGGAAAUUCCUGACUUCAGCAACUCUGUCUUGAGCCACCUCAACCAGUUAAGAAUGCAGGGCCGCCUCUGUGACAUCAUUGUGAACAUACAAGGCCAGACCUUCCGUGCCCAUAAGGUGGUUCUUGCAGCUAGUUCUCCCUACUUCCGCGACCAUAUGGCCCUGAGUGACAUGAACACCAUAUCAAUCUCUGUCAUCAAGAACCCAAGUGUAUUUGAGCAGCUUUUGUCUUUCUGCUAUACAGGUCGCAUUUGUCUACAGCUGGCAGACAUCAUUAGCUACCUCACAGCUGCCAGCUUCCUACAAAUGCAACACAUCAUAGACAAAUGUACUCAAAUACUAGAGAGCAUUCAUUUCAAAAUUAGCAUUGCCGAUGUGGAGGCCGAAUUAAAUCAAAGUCGCCCAAAGCACCAAGAAAGGGCUCCCCAGGAAUCAAACAGAGUAACGCAAAGCCUCAACCGCUCUUUGAGUCCCCGCCACAGUACCCCCAGGGGUAGCCGUAGGAGUCAGGCUACAACAGUUCUUGACAUCCGAGAGCUCAGUCCUCCAGAAGAGUCCACAAGUCCACAGAUUAUUGAGCAUAGCUCUGAUGUUGAAAGCAGAGAGCCAAUCCUUCGGAUUAAUCGUGCAGGACAAUGGUAUGUCGAGACAGGAGCUCAGGAACAUGGAGGUCAAAAUGACGACGAUGUUAGGAUACUAGGAGGGGUUAGGAUUAAAUCUGAAAACCUAGAAGAGUGGUUGGGAAUGGAAAAUCAGCCAUCUGGUGAGGACGGCAGCAGUGCUGAAGAGGUCACAGCCAUGGUAAUCGAUACUACUGGACAUGGGUCAUUAGGACAGGAAGGAUAUUCACUUGCCUCCUCUGGAAGCAAGGUUGCCAGGCCAUCUAGUAGUGAAAUGGACAGGUUUAGUCCUGCUGGAAGUGUCAUUGCCAUAACUGAACGGCACAGAGCUAGAAGCGAGUCUCCACGAAGGUUGGAUGAAUCAAAACAGUCAAAUUCACAGAAUGAAGAGUCGGCUGUGUAUGGGGUAAGUGGCUAUGAGGAGUACCUGCGAGAACAAGAAGCUGCUGAGCGGUGGUUUCGGUACAAUCCACGCCUGACCUGCAUCUACUGUGCAAAAUCAUUUAACCAGAAGGGCAGCCUGGACAGGCACAUGCGGCUUCAUAUGGGUAUAACACCGUUUGUUUGCCGCAUCUGUGGCAAAAAAUACACCCGCAAAGACCAACUGGAGUAUCACAUACGUAAGCACACAGGCAAUAAGCCAUUCCAUUGUCAUGUUUGCGGCAAGAGCUUCCCUUUCCAGGCUAUCCUUAACCAGCAUUUCCGUAAAAACCAUCCGGGCUGUGCUCCUUUAGAGGGCCCACACAGCAUUUCACCUGAAACAACAGUUACAUCUCGAGGGCAAACAGAGGAGGAGUCACCAUCUGGUGAAGAGGUGGCAACAGUUGGGGAAAGCAUCCAACCCUCUGUGUCUACCACAGGGCCAGACUGACCUUUCAAGAGCUGUGAUUUCACAAUUUGCAAUAAUGUUCUGGUUGGUGAGCUGUUACAGAGAGGUGCUAGACCACUAAAUGGGGAAACCAGUGAAGAAUGACACAAAACUAAAACGGGGAAAAAUGUAGAGUUAAAAUUCAGUCCACGUUGAGAAGCUUGUAGUAUACUUUUCAUUGCAAAACUUGGAGAAGUUUAAUUCUAUGUACGGUUUUACUUAUUUUUCUUACUGGGUAGAACGACGUAAGGUAACACUAGCAUCUUGGUGUUGGGUCCGUGCCUUGCCCCGAGCCCUUGUAUAAGUCAGCUCAGGGUAACUACAGGCCACAUUAAGGUUUUGUACAACAGACACGCCUGCAAAUGUUCCUUUCUUCAAAUGUGUGGCAGCUGCAGGCCAUAGCAGCAUAGGAUAGCCUGCUCACUCACUGAGGGGAUGAAACCUGAUGAAUAAAAUGUUACCUUAAGUUUUUGGCUUGCAGAUUUACUCUGCUGUGAAUUCUUUGCUCAUCAUGUAACACACAGAUGCAUCUUCUAUUUGGGGGAGUCCUUUUUAAGUAGGUGGUGGAGUUGGUUUCCCACUGUUGAAAUGGUCUUCUCAACUUUUUUCAGUAUGUGAGUUUUAGAUCACUGUGUGUGUAUAGCAUGGUUCCAGCUGGAAUGUUUCUGAAGAGCAUGUUCCCUAUAAAAAUGGUUCAGGGAGACGAGACCAGUGUGCUUACGGACGUUUCAGUCCUUCCCUGCCACUGUGUGAAUCAAGUCAGAUGUGAAUAUAUAUGUGGCUUUCAGGCAUUAAAACUUCCCAGAUCAUGUUUGGUUUGUUUCUGCCUAUGUCCCGACUCUGUGUUUCUAUUUAUUUUUUGUUUUGCAUUUGUAAAAUACAGGUCGGGGUAAAGGAUGGAAAUUAAACCAUGCUUUAUUACACAUGUUUGCAUUUCACAUAGAGCUUUUUUAAGCUGGAACCCGAAUGCAUAUGUUUUUUUUAACUGAGACUUAUAAAAUUGUUUUAUUGUAUUAUUAUUAUUAUUAAUAUUAUUAUUGUCUGAAGCAAAAUAUUUUAAAAUUGCUAAUCCUACUGUUUGACUGUGACUAGAUGUUUCUGGGUGCUGAUGGUAAUACUGGGACAUUGCAGUAGGAAGUAUCCCACACCACAUUGCAUUAUUUUAACUGGUAAUGCAGAAAUGUGAACAGUAGCACUUAUUGACUAAUUAAUGUAAGUGUGUUUUGUUUCUUUUUUGGUGGGGGGAGAUUCGACUUGCACCGUAAUGCCAAUGCCACAGGAAAUGCAGCAGUUGUGCACAGCUGAGCGUCAGUUCAUUGUGUAGCAGAGAAAUGGCUUGUGUAUUUCAGAAUACAAGGGGUCCAGGAAUGUUCAAUGUUGUGAUAAUCUGUGGGAUUUAUUCCAAAGGAGGUUCGAUAUCUGCCUCAACUUCCAGAGCUUAGCACCCUUCUUCCAGCUAGGCUGCAUGAAUGCCCUCCCUCCUGUAUGUCAGCAUGUCCAUGGUAUAAGAGGGACGUGUGCCAGUGCCAUCUUUUUAUUUUGUUGUUGUUGCAGUAGAAGUACCAUGAGAGUAGCUAAAUGCAUUUUCAGUCCCUCUGUGUAACCUAGCUUCCAUAGAAUGCAUGAUUAUCCCAUUUGGAAUGUCCCUGUUUAUACCGCAGAUGUGCUGAAAUACAGGUGGGAAGGCAUCCAUCCAGCAUACUGGAGUAAGGUUGCUAAGCCCUAGAAGCUGGGACAAAUAUUAGGCCUUCUACAUCAAAUGUCUGAAGUGUUAUCACUAGUGCAACAAUGAACAUACCAUAACUGUAGAUGUUUGAGCAAGUUCCUAACAGAACUGUAUUUUUCCCAGGGCUACCAGAAUAAUUGUUUUCUUACUAGCUGGAAGAUAAAAACAGAAACCUUUUGAGUUAAAUGAGGAUUACUGCUCCACUCCUUAGAACUGUACUUUCAUGCCUCUGAUAAAGGCGGUUGUGUAAUUAGAUAUAUUAUAUUGUAUUUAUUUUUCAUUAGCAAGGUUGGGUGGGAGCUAGCAUCCUCAGAGUUUGGCUCUCUCUCAAAAUGUGGGGUAUUGUGUCAUGCCAUGUUGAAUGUACCUGGUGCACAUUUCCUUGGGCAGUUGUGACUUCUCUUAAGUAAUUCCCUUAGACCCUUCUUCAGUUAUAUAAAUAUAGUGCUCUAUAGUGAAGGGGCUUUUUGUCUGUUCAUUGGGCAUUGAGAUCAGAUGAAUAAAUUGCACAGCUUCUAAGGCAGCGAUGACAGAGUUCCAGGAUGUUUUCUGGGUAGCAGCAACUGAAGUGCAGCUUAGAACAGUGUGAGCAGACUAAAAUGUGGAGACAGCCUAAUUUAUUGUAAGGGCAGUCUUCCCUGCACAAAUACGUACCCAACUGCUGAGUUUUUUACUCUUUACAUUAUGCUGGUAAGAAAUAUUUUUCUGUGUAAUGCAGAGUCUUAGGCAUAUUUUAGUGUCUGAGGUAGUAGAAGGUAAACCGUACUUGCAUUCCUAACAGUUGAGUAAUUGUAACUGACGCUUUUGAAAAGUGGUACGUGUAGAAAAUGGUCACCGGUGAAUUUUGUUUGAUGCAUCAUUCUCCCAGUUUCUCAGCAGUAUUUCAGAAUCCCCCUGAAUCUAGUCGAUAUCCUCUUUCACAGUGGGUGAUUGUGGUGGAGCAAAUACGCAACGUAUACAACCGAAUGUGGCCCUUGUGCCUCUCCCAUACUCUUCUAGCAUAUAGGUUGCCAAACAGUGCAUUGGGUUGCCCAUUUGAUGUCUGGGGUUUGACUGAAGGAGCUUUUUAGCAAGAGGUGGCAAUGAACGGGAUACCAAACUAAUAAUUUUUUUGUGGGUUGGUCUCAGUAGCUUUAUAUUUUUCUCUUGCAUCUGCCACAUGUCGAAAAUGCCAAAAGUUUCUUCAGUUUCCUUUUCCAUAGGUAAGUGCCAAGUCGCAUUGCCUUUUCUGGCUAUCAUUUUGUAGUCGCUGUGAUGCUUCGCUCAUGUUCAGGUUUUUGAAGAAAUUUGCUUUACAUGUGCCCAUUUAUUCUUUUUUGCUGUUACAUCUCCACUUUCUUUGCUUUACUUACAAGCAUUAACGGCUGUCAUCUCUGCUUUCUCUCAUGUGACGGUGGCACAGGAUAUGCAUUACUUUAGCUGUCUGUUGAAAUUCUUAACACUUGGGCAAUGUCUUUAUAGAGAUACCUGAUGCGUAAUUCUUUAAAGCUAUGGCCAUCUAUGAUGGAUUGGAUUGUUUUCUUGUCUGAAAAUGACAGUUCCUGCAUCAGUUUGUUGUCUAAAAUAUAAACUGUUUUAGUAGUGCACCAUUCAUUGCCUACUCUGUAAGUAAUGUACUUCUGUUCAGUACUUUAAUCCUGCAAUUGAUAACCUCCCCACAUUUUUUUCCACAUCACGUUUUACUAACCCAGUUAGCUGAAUAAAUACAUAAAAUCAUCUGCAGAAUUACACAUUUUUUCAUGCAAGGUUUCAACACUGUAUUCUGCAACGACUUUACAGCAUCCUUUUUAAUAUCUGCAAGGGUUAGUGUUCUGCUGCCCCUUAACUAUCGAUUUGACUUUCUUCACAGCUGCUGUAGAUUAAGAAGCUGCUUGUGAGAAUUUUCCUUUGUGACCUUUUCUGGUGUGCACAUCAGGAUCUCUUUCCCUUUUUUGAAAUGCUGCAAAGUGUUCCUGUAUCAUCUUGAAACCGGAAACCAACUUCCGUGAUGAUGGUAUAGUGACCGCUCAGAGUAAAGUGCUUAAUCUGAAGAUUUGAUUUUUAGUGUUAGUCACUGGAGGGUUCAGGCCGACUAAAAGUUUUUAAUGAAUUUAUGAAUCUGCAGACUUUGAUUGCAAAUUUACUUCAGUAAACUGUGGAUAAAAUAUA